GCUCUGCCCCGCCGCACGCCGCUGCCGACCGAGAGAGCCGGCCCGGCUCUCGCCUCCCCAGUGAGUACCAGGGAUGGAUGCGUUCCAAACAAUCCUGAAGUUCUUUAUGAACCGGAAAACCGCCAUAGGUUACAGUUUUAUGGCGCUGCUGACAAUGGGAGGUGAACGUGUGUUUUCUCUUGUUGCUUUCAGAUGCCCUUGCAGCAACGAAAACUUCAGGUACGGUUUGGUAUUUCUCUUCUCGCCUGCUCUUGUUUUGCUGGUUAUUGGAUACUUCUUGAACAGCAAGACCUGGAAACUCUUUACAGGCUGCUGGGUGAAUCCCAGGAAAAUAUUCCCCAGAGGGAAUAUCUGCCAUUUCUUUUACGUCUUUGGACAAAUCACUUUAAAUGCUCUGGUAGCCCCAGUGAUGUGGCUGUCCGUGGCUUUGCUCAACGGGACUUUUUACGAAUGUGCCAUGAGUGGCUUGAAAAAUCCUGCCUACUUACAAGCAGUUUGCCACAGCAAAUCGGAGAGCUGCUUUGAAGAGCUACACAAGGUAGCCUGUGACAAAAGCUCCCUGCCCUUUUCAGAGAGUGAUGAACUGAAAAGAACACUUCAAGCACAGUCCCAGAUUUUAGGCUGGUGUGUGAUAGUUACCGCAGCUCUCCUCUCCCUGCUAACCACUUGCUGUGCCAGCUGCCAGUCAAAAGUCAGCCACCUCCAGCUGAUGUUCUGGAGAGUGUAUGAGGGGACGGAGAAGGAGCAACUGGAGCAGAUUUUCCAGCUGUAUGCCACCAAGCUGAGCGAGCGAAACCUGAAGUGCUUUUUUGAAAACAAGGAACCAGAACCCAUUUCCCUGCCAGCUUUCCAGGCAUGGGAAGAUGCUUCCCAGCUCCACUCUUUCAGCAGCAGCAAACAGCACUACAGCACGAUUCACAAACUAGUUGAGGAAGGCCAGAAAGGAACCAGUGAGGAAAGAGAGACAAUGCUGGACCUUGCGGACAGAAGGGAAGUACCAUAGACCAAGUAUAUUUUCAGCUUUUUUUAAUAUCUUGUUAAUAGGUAUAUUUCUAUCUGGUUUCAUCUCCACAUUUUUUUCACAAUGGCCUCUUUCUUCUUCACCAUGUUUCCUCCCAGUUAGUUACUUGCUCCAAAAGGAUGGAAUGAAAUUAUUUCCCUACACAAGUGAAAAGGCUGCAGUACUCCACAGCACCCAGGGUUCACAUCACUAGCUCAGCAUCAAGAGCUCACAGUACAACAAAAGGAGUAAUGGCUUCUACAAGAGGGUUUUAGCAAUAUGCUAUGUAAAAUGUGCUAAAAAUGCUAUGUAAAAUAGUGUGCUUGUCCUAUGUAAAUCUAGAGACUGUCAACAAGUAAAGUCAUUUAAAGUGUGUGAAUAUAAUAACAAGAUUCAUGUGUCUUUCUGACAGCCAACACACAGAAAGUAAAGGUUUUCUGUCCAGGUCAUUUCCAGGCCAAUUGCAGGUACAGCCUUGUUUUGAGCCACCAGCGAUCCCUCAAGGCUUCUCUGUCUUUGGAUAUUUUGUCUCUGUAGAACAUCUCCCUGUUAUCUGCUCCCAGUCUAGACUUUUUCUUUGUAUGGAUAUAAAGUUCUAGUUUUCAGCAAGUUUCAGGCACUGGGUGCAGCCUGUAGUGCUCUGUAAUAUUGUUGUUUCUGGGCCUGCAGCCAGUGUACAACAGAAGGCCUGGAAGGAAAUUCCACUUUUUAAGACAAGAAAAUAUUUUUGCAGUAAACUGACUUUCAUUUUUUUGAAUAUCCUUGGAAAACUUGGUGUCUGGAGCAAGAAGAACCAGUAGGUGAGGCAACUGCAUGGUCAGUGCCUCUGACAAACACAUUUCACCCCAGAGCCCUGUGCUUUACGUCACUCACUUGGAAUUCAUCACAUGGCUCAGGGUGGUCAGAGCAUUUGCAAAUGCUGUAUAAAAGGAGAACAAAAUUACUUUCCCUGGGGUAGCUGGACAGGCUUUUGUGCAGCCUUUUAUUGCCAGUCUCUCUGAGUCUGCAGAGAGUCAUAGUUUUGCUGUGCUUGAAUCAUGCUCUUCUCAACAAACCAGGAUAUCCUGCCCAGCUGUUCUCAUAUUCAUUUGGUUUCUUCAGCGAGUAAAAACAUCUAUAUACAGACCAUCACUCUUUAUGAAAUAAAACACAAGCGCUAAUUCAACUCUCUGCUUAGAAUAUUCUUCUUAUGUUUUCAAGAACUUGUGACCUUUGAGACAAAGUUUUAAAGUUCUUUCAUCCCACAUGACCCACUUAGCAGCAUACUUAAAACAUGUUAUAUGCUUAAAUGAGCCUGCUGCUGCUGAAAACACAGAUGCAGCACUGCCAAAAUGAAAGUCACUACAGCAGAUGUCUGACACUGUGCCUGGCAAAUACACCAACCAUUUUCUCCCCAGGAACCUCUCCUGGUACAGCAUCUACCUACUUCCAGGCUAUAUGACCCCUCCUGUUUCUCUGGUUUUAUCUUUCCUCAUGAGAACUGCCCCAACUUCUUCUGUCCAGCCCCAUUUCAACCUCCUCCCUGCAUACAAGGGGAGAUAGAACACCUCCUAACAGGACAGCCCUGCUGCCUGGGCCAAACUUCCCUUUCCAAAACUGUCUCUCCACCUCUUUCCUAAAAAAAUCAAAGUAAAUAGGGAUGCGACAGGGAGGACAGCAAGUAGAUUAAUGAAUUGAUCAAAGAAAUACAGGAAACAAGUAGGUUGAGGUAAAAAUAAGGACUCCAGUGUGAUAUAAUAGCUGGGACAUGGAGGCAAAAGCAGAGCUGGUAGAGGGACAAGUAGGAGGACAGAGUGAUCCCACUUGGAGCUUUUGGUAUCCUCUUUUCCCUCAGAAGAAGGCUUAGGGCUCUGCACCUGAGCAGCCCAGGCCAUCUCAAAUGGCAGCACUUCCCAGCCCUAUCUUGUGCUUUAUUGUGGAGGGGCAAAUCCAAGAUGAAUUUCCCUCUCCUCCUCCUUGCCUGCUUCAUGUUUGCAGGUAGCUUAUGUUGAGAGUGUCUCCACCCCUGAGAGCAGCUGCUGAACACUUUGAGCUGCAAUGUGUGCCUGGUAGGAGCCCCUCUCUCCCUGAUCCCCAUUCCCAGGCCUGUGUGACUCUUUUACCAAAACGCCUGUGGCUUAAUGCAAUUUCCAUGUGGAUCCUAGAAUACUUCUAUGAAAACAGACUGAAAUAACAGCCAGUUUGACCCUCUGUUUUCAACUGGUAUGGGUUUGAAAAAUUUAACUUAUUCCUUCAAGGGGCUAUUGCAAAAGCUGCUCUCUAUCACCAUUGUUACUGAAUCCAGCAGCUGCCAUGGCAGCUCAGAAAGAGACAGACUAUUGUCAACACUGUCCAAAACAAACAGGAGAGAGACAAAAACACCCAACAAAUAAAACCAAACAGCAACAAGAUCAACAUUUUCUGCUGGAAAAUUUACAUUUUGCAUUAAUUCUGAUACCCAUCAAAAUAGCAGUGUACAAGAAAAAAGAAACUUCUGUUCAAUCUUCUGUGCUCCGUCUCUUGGUUUAGUCUUUAAAUCUCUUAGCUCUUCUUCCACUACACAUCUGCUGCUCCAUCAAACUUGAAGUGUUUGUUAUAAGAAUAAAGACUUUUCAACCAUGCUAA